ACUCCUUUGUUUUCUCACUAAUGGAUUGUUAACUAUGUAAUACAAGUAAUUAAUUUUUUUCCACAUAAUUAAAGAAUUACAAACUCAGUGUGUAAUAACAAUGCUUUAACAACCCCUAAAGAUUAAACGGUAAAGCCAAAUGAAGAAAGCGACAAAACCUAUAAAAUUAAACCCCCACUGCUAUUGGGAUCGAAAUAAUUUUUUUAAUUUUAUUGAAUUGGUGAAAAAAAUUACCCUAAACAUUUCAAUUUGGGAGAAGAGAAAUUAGUUGCAAAAAUAGUGAUUUGGGAGGAAAUUUUGAAGCGGAAAAGGAACUUUGGUGAAAACGAAUUGAGAGAAUAGUAAACAAAGAUGUGGUGAGGGAUACAACAAAGCAUUAUGGCGAGGAGACAGCUUCGUUUAAAGGUGCAUAGGCUGUGAAAUACGUGGAAAUGACAUGUCUAAACACGUCCUUGUGGAAUCCAUUGCUGGGCUAUUCCCUAAUGCAAAUCACAAGACAUGUGUUAGACAAUUGUACACUAACUUCAAGAAUAGCCACAAGGGUAAGGCAUUAAAAGAUACCUUAUAAAAAGCUACCAGAUCAACAUAUGGAACAGAGCUUGUUGAAGUAAUGAUAGAAAUGAAGAAUUUGUUAAAUGCAACAUAUCAAUGGUUGGCUCAGAAACACCCAGCUUAGUGGUCAAACGCUCAUUUCUCCACCAGAUCUAAAUCUAACAUGUUGUCAAACAAUCUAUCAGAGUAUUUUAGUAAGUUUAUUCUAGGUGCUAAGGAUAAGCUCAUCCUAACUUGCGUGGAUACCAUUAUGACCAAAAUUAUACAAAGGAUUGCUCAAAAGAAAGAAGAAGCUGAGAAAGUCAUUGAACCAUUGUGUCCAAAGAUUCAGAAGAAGUUGGACACCAUGACUGUGCUGUGCAAUAGGAAUUCCAUUAAUGUAUUAACUAUCAUGAUGAUGUUGCAAGAGAGGCUAGAAAGUUGUGCGGACCCUCGUUACCCCAAGACCACAUACAUUUCAAUUUACUCACAUUUGAUCAAACCAAUCAGAGGUGCAAAACAGUGGAGUCAAGUUCAAAGUAUAGAGCGAAUACAACCUCUAGUGCUUAGAAGGCCACCAGGCAAACCCCGUAAAGCAAGGAAAAAGGCAGUAGAUGAAGCUCAACUACUGGUGAAAGAUGGUCGAGGAGGGCAUGCAAAUGAACAGCAUGAAAUGUGGUGGUCAAUCAGGCCACAAUGUCAGAACAUGUAAGGGAAGGUUUGAGGUAACAACAUGAAGAAAAAAAACUACGCAUAAAUCUCAGAGAAAGAAAAAAGUCAAUUGGAUUUCAAGCUGCAGGUGCUACACCUCAACCAGCAACUUCAACACCGCCAACUUACACUAAAACCUACAACCCGAGGACCUGUAACUGCACGUAAUACUGCAAGGUUUAAGGAAAAACUUAUUGUGUCCAUUCAAACUAAAUUGUCUAAUUUCAAUAACUCCAACUAUCUACCAAGCUUAUUUAAUAAUUAAAAAAAUCAUUGUUACUCGUAUAGUUUAAGAGAGCUCCUACAAGAACUCUACAACACCCUCCAAUCAACCAAAUUCCAAUUGUCACCGUUGUGAGAAGGGUGCCAAGGAUAACUAAUUCAGGAAUAAUGUUAAUUUAGCUAACUCAAGAAAAUGAAGAAAGCAUUGUGGUCGAUUUUUGUACAAAGGAGAAAGAGCCAACAAAAGGGCGAAGACUUUUGGAAUAUUGUUUUUUAAUCAAUGUUUGAAUGUUUGGUUAAUUACUUUUUUGGCAGAUUACUAGAAGGUUUUAUUUGGAGCCUAUUUGACUUUGUUAACAUUGUCUAGUCUCACCUAAUUUUGUUGUUCAUUUGGGUACAUGGGUGAGUCACGGCUCGCAAAUUAGACUAAUGCACAGAACAUUUUAUGGAGGUUAAUUGAUUAGAUGAUGCUUAUUCGAUUCACUUGAA